GGUGAGUGAACCUUGUAGCCGGCGGCUACGGCCGGCCGCCGCUGCUCUCCGGAGCGUCAGGAGAGGAGGUCGGCUGCCCAGCUCAGUCGGAUGCUGCGCUCGGCAGCGAUGCGCUCUUCUCUGACUGUGCUCUGCUCGGUGUUGGUGGUGUGCUGCAGCGCCGGCAUCGUGCCCCCGAAAUCGUGGAAUAAUGCCACGAUUGGGAAAGACAUCGAGCUGGAUAGAAAAUACGAGCUCACCAAAAAACUGGAGUAUCGGAGGGCUUUGAAGUUGGUGCUGUUAUCCACGAAGACAAAUGCAACAUUGCACGUGAAUGGAAAACUGGCCUGGUGGCACUCGCUUGCCGCACCGGGCGAAGCCGCCGGUCCUGAGGGCGGCUUCGACGUGCAGGAGCGCGGCCUGUACUUGCUGCGCGUGCAUCCCAUCACCGGCAGGGUGCAGGGCCAUGCUGUCGCCUCCGGGUGGAUGAUGUUGAGCGCCAGUCACGCAGUGCGCGCACUGGUUCGCACCGCAAGGCAAAAAGAUGUGCUCGUCUUCUUCACUAUGGGUGAAAUCGGUCCGGCGAUGCGGGCUGACACCGAGCUACAGGAGGUGCUGGAGAGGCUGGGGGCCGAGCACUUCACCAGUCGCAUGCCUCCCGACAUGUACGCCAUGGUGUGCGUCAAGGGCGGACCACUGAUCACCGAGGCUUACGUGGCCAACAGAGCGUCUCCAGCCUCACAGGAGGACGGACAGAGUCCGACCCCGGCCAGUCCCCUGGCCAUCACCGCUCACGUGCCCGUGCCGCCGGUCAAAGAUGUUAUUUGCCCAUGGAAGAAAACUCCGAAGAACUUGGCACGGGCCAAGUUCUGCUUCAAAUACGACGGAUAUGGCGAGCUUUGCCACUGCAAUGAUAAUCAUCUGCUGCCCAUGAAACACAGUCUGCUGAAGGAGAACAAUAUCGCCGAUGUCCCGAUAGUAAUAAUUGCAAGCAAUCGACCACAGGACCUCCUCAGGCAGAUGGGCUCCUUGCUAAGAAACAGGGGCAUCAUUGUUUCCAACAUCCUGGUGUUUGUGGAUGGACUUCACCCUGAAGUUGAACAGCUAUGCUCCCUCCUGGAUAUAAAGUGUGUAGCGCAGACAAGUGAUCACGACGACACAACGCUGCGAAUUCGGGAGAACUAUCGGCAGGCGCUAACCAACGUGUGGCGCUAUUUCCCGGCCGCCAGCCGGCUAAUCGUUCUGGAGGAGGACCUGGAGGUGUCACCAGACUUUGUCAGCUACUUCAGUCAGACCUCACAUCUGCUGGACCUGGACUCGAGUCUCUGGUGCAUCUCCGCCUGGAACGACAACGGUUUCGAGUCGACCAGCAGCGACCCGGCCGCCCUCUAUCGUGUGGAACACUUCCCCGGUCUGGGCUGGAUGAUGACACGGAAGUCCGUACAGCAGCUCCUAGAUGUCUGGCCAACCGAAGGAGAGGGAUACGACUGGGACCUGUGGGUGCGCAAGGAUUCGAACCGGCUCGGGCGCGAGUGUGUCAUACCGGACGUGUCGAGAACGUACCACUUCGGCAUCUCGGGUAGCCACGCGAGCGGUGCGUACCAUGCGCUCUACUACCAGGACCACGCCAUCAACCAGCUGCCGGACGUGCAGCUGAGGAACGUGAACGGCUUGCUGAAGGAUGAGUAUGAAAAGGAGGUCCAUCGGCUGAUUGCCGAGGCGGAGCCGAUGAAGGAGACCGACUUCCAACUUGGAGAGAUUCCUCCGAGCCAAGGCGGCCCAUGUGAAGUGGAACUGGAGGGUACAAACAAAACAUACGCAUUCUUCUUCCAGAUGAAUAGCAUGGAGGACACAGAUCUGUACAAAACUCUGGCCAAGUGUUUCGCCAUCUGGGAUCUGGAUGCACGAGGUCACCAUCGUGGUCUGUGGCGCUUCCACAACAAUGACAACACAGUGCUCAUGUUCGGCGUCCCACUCAACUUGUACAUGAAUGACGUCGUUCGUCUCUUCAAACAUCCGGUUCGAAUUGCUCAGUCGCUGCAAUUCGGAGGGUGAAGAAGCGUUCAACGUGCGGGUGAAUGAAAGUGAAUGAUUAAUGAUCCAAAGUGUUAAGCUCAGGGAUUAUAUAACAAGGUAAAAUUUUAGGCAUUUCGAGCGAAGAUGACGGCGACCAGUCUUAUGAGUGUUGUGAUAUCAGUUAUGCUGUCGUGCCUCCGGUUGGACUGCCUGUCGUAAUGCAUAUGCAUUAUGCAUGUAUGUGUCUAUGUGCGCGACGCAAACGUGAAUAUGUACCUAUUUUAUUUUAUUUUUCAAACCGAGACGUCCAUCAGCUUGACGCAUGUUUAAAUUUGUGUCUGUUUUCGCCCAGACAGCUCAGUUCUCAGUCAUAUGUUUUGUCGUAGAUACCAAAAUAAAUAAUUGUACCUGCU